AUGAAUUCAAUGCGUUCGAGGAAAAAGGUACAAUGUACAGCGCAAUCAUUAGGAGGAAUAGGCUAUGGAAUCAAACGCGAAAUCUUCUUCCUCAACUUGGAAGACGGAUAUUUCGGCUGUCAAGUUAACGAAUCUACGGACGUGCUGCAACUCUACGAACUCUCGAAACUAUGCAACGGGAAACCGGACUGUUUCAUGGGCUCGGACGAGCUGCGACAGGAACUGAAAUGCUCAACGGAGUGCGGGAAAGAGGACGGAACGCCGUGUCAAAACGGCGCCUGCCUCGACGGCCAGUGCCACUGUAACGACGGUUUCGGUGGCUGCGCCUGCGAGGUGCCCGACGAAAACGAGUGCAAGUACCGGCCCUGCGAUGUGUUCGCACACUGCACCAACACGCUCGGGAGCUUCCAUUGCACCUGCUUCCCCGGCUACGAGGGCGACGGCUUCUCUUGCACA